AUGCCAGAGUUCACAGAGGAUUCAAAUUUUCAAGAAUUGUCUGCUGAGCGAUUCGGAGCACACAAUGAUGAAGGGGUAUGUUCGAAUGUUUUUUUCAAUUUUCAAAUUUCAAAUGUUCAGCCAAUGACACUCGAAAUCUUCACACAAUUAAUGAAACAAUUUUAUGAUCUUGGGUGGAUGAGAGGAUCGGGAGGUGCAUUGGGUUGUGUUUCAGGAAAACAAUUGAUGAUUUCACCAUCCGCUUUGCAGAAGGAGAGAAUAAAACCGUAAGUUUUUCUAUUUUUCGCAUAUUAAGAUUCUGUAUUGGGACGUCCAAAAAUCAAAAAAUGAAAAUUUCACACCUGUCCAAUUUCUGUUCAAAUUAAAAUUUUUUAAUUCAAAGUUGUAUUAUAAUGAUCAGAAUUCAGUUAGCUACAAGUAGAUCAUAUUUUCAUCAAAAUUGGACAGGCAAAAACACAAAUUGGACAGGUGUGAAAUUUCAUUUUUUGAUUUUUGGACGCCCCAUGUCGGAAAUUUUUCUUAAAAAUAUUUGUUCGGAUUUGCAAAAUCCUUUUUAAUAAAACAAUUUUUCAAAUUUUUCACUUUUAAUUAUAUCAAAAAUAUAGAAAAUUCAACUAUAUAAAAUCAGUAUUUACAGAGCUGAUGUGUUUCUCUAUGACCUCGUAUCAAAAACUGAAAUUCAACGACCAAUCAACAAAAAAAUCACCGUCUCAUCAUGCUCUGUUCUAUUUUCACUAAUCAUGAAUCAAACAGGUAAGCAACAUUCUAAUUUAGAAAAAAACCCCAACAAUUCCUGAAUUCAGGAAGCGAAUGUGUGAUUCAUACCCAUUCAAAAGCAGCAAAUCUAAUCACUCAAUUGAUUUCCGGAGAUACCUUUGAAAUUUCUCACCAAGAAUAUAUCAAGGGAAUUUAUAACCCAUUUUCUGGCCAUGCUUUGAAAUAUAAUGACACAUUGAUUAUUCCAAUUAUCAAUAAUCGACCAAGUGAAAGUCUUCUACUGGUAAACAUAUAAUUUUUUUUUGAAUUUUUAAUCAUAAAAAUGUUUUUUUCAGAACCCGAUCGAAGGUGUGAUUCAAGCAUAUCCACAAGCAAUCGCAGUUCUUGUUAGAAACCAUGGACUUUUUGUUUGGGGUCCAACUUGGGAAUCGGCAAAAAUUAUGGUUGAAUGUAUCGAUUAUCUUCUUGAAUUAUCCCUCGACAUGCUCAAAAAUAAUAUUCCUCUAGUCAAAGAAGAUGUUCAACCAGAAAGACAAGAUAGUGUUGAUUAUUUAGAAACUGUUUUUAGCCCCUGA